AUGGAACACAGCAUGGAUCGGCCUUUAUCGAGAUCCUACAAAUCCCACUCGCUGGAAAUGAUUUCUGAGCUGAAGCAUGAGAAGAAGACUUGGGAGGAGGCUCUGGAGCACUGCAGAGAGGAGCACAGUGAUCUGAUCAGCAUCGCCUCUGAAACUGACCGUCUUCUUGCACAAACUGAGAUGCAGCGCAACGACUUGACUGAACCUGUGUGGAUCGGCCUGCGUUUCCUCACUGACCAGUGGCUGUGGGUGGACGGAAAGACAAUGGUGUUCAAAGCCUGGCCCGAAGGAGGAGACGAGGACCACCAGUGUCCAAAGUGGAGACGCUGUGGAGCUCUAACAGUGGAGGGACUGUGGGGAAACUAUAACUGUGAGGAGAAGCGUUACUUUCUCUGCAGAUGA